UCUUUGCUGCUCUUUCAGUCAGCCUCUAGGAUCCGCAUUAGAGUUUUGAAGCAUUAUUGAUAUCAGCAGCGAUGUGGAGUCCCAAGUGUCUAGCAGUAUUGGUCCUGGUGGCAGCCAUCUUUGGUGCAAGCGUAUGUGCCAAGCCAAAGCCUGAAAAAGGCAAGGGCAAGAUAAAGGUGAAGCUUGAAUCUCAAGAGGACACCCAUGGUGACGAUAUGGAUGCUCUGAAGCAGAAGGUUGACGAGCUUAAACAGCGACUGGAUGACCUUGACACCAGCAAGGGAGAAUGUAGUGGAGGCAAGGUGCACAUGUACUUCCACUCGGGAGAAGAAAAGCACAAGCACUCGGAUGACGACCAGCAUGUUCAUGUGCACCUGCAUGACGACGAUCACCAUGACGACGAUCAUGAACAUUUAGCAGUCGCUCAUUUUGAUGACGCUACCAGUGGCACACAUGGUCACAUACAGGUCAGACAGAAGACCGGUGAUAAAGGAGCCAGCUUCUUUGUUGAGUUUGAUAACGUGGGAGCUGCAGGCAGCUACGCAAUGCAUGUUCAUGAAUAUGGAGAUGUUGGCCAUAACUGUCAGAAUGUUGGACCACAUUUCAAUCCAACCAAGGAUGAUAAGGAUGAUGGAGAUCUAGGUCAUGUUACAGCCCAAGCAGAUGGUAGUGUCGAAGGUCACUGGGUUAACAAUACAGCCUUGACCCUGUUUGGAAGCAACAGCAUAGUAGGAAGAUCAAUCGUAGUGCAUAAUCCUGAUGGCUCAAAACUGAGCUGCGCAGUGAUUGGUCGGAUUGCAGACAGUGAUUCCAGCCCCCAUGACGAUGAUCACCAUGGACACCAUGGACAUGAUCAUCAUGAUGACCGCCGCCGUUAAAAUCAUGGCAAAACCCGAAACUGGGGCGCAUUAUUGGACUGAUCUGGCCGCGUUUACUUCGGAAUAAAUAACUGACAUUUCAUAAACAACCACUCUGUAGAUGGUUGAGUAUAACAAUGGUAUAUAGAAGAAAAUGUUAGAAACUGCUGAAUAAAACACAUGUUUCUUUA